AUGCGUCGCAAACGAAAAGAUUACAGAAAAAUGUGAGUUUGUUUCUAUUUUUACAGAAAAAAGACUAACUCAAAUUAUUUUUAGAAUGAAAUCUCGAAUUGAUGAGUUUCAUAAAUCUUGUGAAUUUACUAAUGUAUCGGAAAAUCAAUUGAAUUGGCCAAUAAGAAGAGGAGCAAGAAUUAAAUUGGUUUCAGGAAUCGAUGAAAUACCAGGUAUUUUUCAUUUCAAAAAACUAAAUUUUGAAAUUAAUAUGUAUAUUUUUUUUUAGUUAUCCCAAAUCCUUGUCAUUUACUCGAUUCUGUCUCUUCUAUGAUGUUUUCUUAUGGUGAUUCACCAAAUCCAGAUCCUCUUGCUGUUCAUUUAGUUCUAACAAGUACAAUUGAACAUAUUAUAAAGUACUGUAAUACAAUGUGGAGAUGGGCAAAAAGAUCGAAUCGUUCUAUUAUAACACAUGUUGAUUUGUUGAAUCUUUUGAAUAAAAACAAAUCAAGAUUUCAUCGAUUCGUGAAAUAUUAUUUUUGUGGCGAAACACAUCAAAAAAUCAAUUCAAGUAUGAUGACAACUUUGCAAAAACAAUAUGAACAAAAUGAGCAAUUUCGAACAUUUUGUGAUAGUCCAAAAGUGGAAAAUGAUGAAAAUUUUCAAAAUAUUUCGGAACGAUUCAAUAAAUCAGUUUCGUCUUGGAAUGAUGAUAUUUUAUAUGAUUGGCAACAAAAAAGAACUCAAUCAUUUUGUUGUCCAGAUUCAAAUAUCUCUUCAUUUUAUGCCUAUAAAUUUCAUGAAGCAAUUGGACUACCACCUUUGGAAAUCGAUUUAAUUUAUUAUAUCGAUUUUAUUGCUCGAGAAUAUAUAAUGGAGGUAAAUAUUUUGAAUAUCGACUUUCUUAUUUCAAAAAACAAAAAAUAAUAUUUCAGAUAGUUCACAAAGCUCUUUUAAUUGGUGAUUCACGAAAUAUUUCAAAAUUAACAUGUGACGAAUACAUGGAUUCUGUUGGAAGUAAUGAUAUUCUUUUCAAUAUUCCCUCAAAUUUUCCACUUUUAUCAAGAAAACGUAAAACUUCUUCGUCUUCUGGAGAAGAUGAAAAUGGAAAAACUGAGAAUGAUGAAAUGUAUCGUGUUCUUGAAGAAAUUCAUGCUGACUGGUAUAAUAAACAUCAUGCACCCGUUAUAAUUCGACAAUCUUUCGAUCCAGCUGUCUGGUUCAAAAUGCGUCGAAGAUAA